UAAUGUUCAACACAAACACGACGUCAACCAAUCGCUUUCUGUCGGUGUAUUACCAAAAUGUCAGGGGACUGCGUACCAAAACGAACGAGCUUCGACUGAUGCUUUCCAGCUGCGAUUAUGACAUUCUUGUGCUGACAGAAACAUGGCUUCGACCUGACAUCGUUGAUAGCGAACUGUCAUCCGACUAUCAUAUCUUCAGAUGCGAUCGAAGUGAUUCUACAAGUGAACUAUCAAGAGGUGGCGGAGUGCUCAUUGCCGUCAAGAUUUCCCAUCAAUGCAGUGCAAUCCCUGUGGAUAAUUGCGAUCAGCUUGAACAAACUAGUAUUCGCAUCAAAUUAGCAAACCGUUCACUUUAUGUUGUCGGAAUCUACCUCAGACCGUCGUCUAAUGCAAGCAAAUAUAUUGCGCACACUAAUGCAAUCCAGGACGUAUGCGACAACUCAACUAACGCUGACAUUGUUUUAGCAUUAGGCGACUACAACUUACCAGACCUUCGAUGGAAAUUUGACGAAGAUAUAAUCGGUUAUCUACCCGUGAACGCAUCAACAGAGCAGGAGAUAAUGCUGACCGAAGCAAUGUCCGCUAUUGGACUUGUUCAGAUGAACGGACUCCGGAACGUGAAUGCCCUCCAAUUCCACUCCUAAAAUUAGAUGAACAUCAUAAACCGUUCAUUCUGAGGCUGGACACUCAAUUAACUGUGCCAUGUUUCAGCCACGCUCCGGCGGAAGCCACGUAUUUCGACUUCAAAAGAUGUGAUAUUAGCUCGUUGAAAAAUGAACUUUCGGUAAUUGACUGGGCACAACGCUUGAGCUGUACUCCACUGGAUGAAACUGUGGCUGCUUUCUAUGCUACGCUACAUAACGUUUUCGAUAAGCUAGUUCCACGUCGCCACACUGGCACUUUCAUUGUUAUCCGUAAACCUUGGUGGACGCCCGAGCUCCGUCACUUGCGCAACAAGCUUCGUAAAGCCCGCAAUCGAUUCUUUAGUGCCAGAUCUGAAGAAAACAGCAACAUCCUACGACACAUUGAAAGUGAAUAUAAUGUUCUGCUUAAGACAACAUAUGCAGCGUACGUAGAUAAGCUCCAAUCUGAUUUGAAGUUGAAUCCUUCAUCUUUUUGGGCUUUUGUUAGAGCUCAAAAAUCAUCGAAACGCAUUCCAUGCAAUGUGGAAUAUAAAGGACGCCGAGCAAGCACAGCCAAAGAAGCCGCCAACCUGUUUGCUGAAUUUUUUCAAACUGU